CGUCCUCUAGCCGCCUCGCCGAACUCUCUCUCACACACACACAGUCUCUCUGCUCCACGCUCGCCGCUUUUCCGCUCCACCCCUCCUCUCUUUCUCCCUCCCUCUCUUUCUCUCUCCUGCCCCAACCAACCAAUGGAGGCUCUCGCGGGCGCCGCAUCCUCCUCCGUUCUCCCCGCGCGCCACCCGCCCUCCCGCGUGGCCGCGCAGUCCCUCGCGCUCCGCCCUAGCCGCUGCGGUCCCCUCCGCGCGGUUAGCGCCGGCGGUGUCAGUGGCAAGGACGACGCCCACGCCGCCAACGGGUCUCCCGUCCUCAAGCAGCUGAAUAGCGAUUCCAGUCUAAAUGGAGUCCUACCGAUUGCAGCUGACAAGUCACAGAAGGCUUCAUCAACUAACGUUAGUACUGACUCUAGUGGAUCUAGAGCUGGCCUGUUUAGAACACCCAUAUCAGGUGGUGUGCAGAGUGCAACUUUCGCCCACGGUCUACCUCCGCCGGCUUUGGCUGUUCGCAAUUUGAUGGAACAGGCGCGGUUUGCCCACCUGUGCUCUGUCAUGUCUGGCAUGCACCACCGCCGUACUGGAUAUCCGUUUGGUUCACUUGUCGACUUUGCUAACGAUUCAAUGGGCCACCCAAUUUUUUCGCUGUCACCCUUGGCAAUCCAUACGAGGAACUUACUCGCUGACCCAAGAUGCACGCUUGUUGUCCAGGUGCCUGGAUGGAGUGGACUGUCGAACGCGCGAGUCACCAUAUUUGGUGAUGUUUACCCUUUGCCAGCUGAACAACAGGAAUGGGCACAUAAGCAAUAUGUAGCAAAACAUCAGCAGUGGGCAUCACAGCAGUGGGGAAACUUUUACUAUUACAGGAUGCACAACAUAAGUGACAUAUACUUCAUCGGGGGCUUCGGAACUGUCGCAUGGAUAGAUGUUAAGGAGUAUGAAACGAUUCAACCUGACAAGAUAGCAGUUGAUGGUGGUGACUUGCAAAGUUUAAAGGAGUUGAACGCUAUUUUCUCUAAACCACUUCGGGAGGUCCUAUCAUCAGAAGGGGAGGUUGAUGAUGCUGCGCUUAUAUCAGUAGAUAGCAAAGGGAUAGAUAUACGGGUUCGACAGGGUGCACAGUUCAAUAUUCAGAGGCUAGCAUUUGAUGUCCCUCAUAAGGUUGAGACUCUGGAGGAAGCCAAGAAAGCACUCCACAAGAUAAUCAAAGACAAGCAGCAAAUAAAGUGAAGUUGCAGGAGCUGGCUCUACCCAUUUUUCUGGUGGUGUAAGGUUUCAUUGCAACCGGACCAAGGAUUACGUAAUGGUAGCAGGUAGCAUGAUACAAGUGAAAACGAUGGCUGUUUUUUUAAAUAAUGAGAGUCUCGCUCUCCAGCUGUGGUGAAGAUUGUAUAUAUGCUCGUGUUGCCUUAUUAAUAAUUAUUAUUGUGCGGUUGCUUCUUGAGGAAAUCGGACCUUCUUGUUCUC